CUGAUGGGCCAACCACUGAUGUGCCAACCACUGAUGUGCCAACCACUGAUGUACCAACCACUGUCGUGACAACUACUGAAGUGCCCACUGAUAUGCCAUCCACUGAAGUGCCAACCACUGAUGUACCAACCACUGUCGUGACAACCACUGAAGUGCCCACUGAAGUGCCUACCACUGUCGUGACAACCACUGAAGUGCCCACUGAUGGGCCAACCACUGAUGUGCCAACCACUGAUGUGCCAACCACUGAUGUACCAACCACUGUCGUGACAACCAGUGAAGUGCCCACUGAUAUGCCAUCCACUGAAGUGCCAACCACUGAUGUGCCCACUGAAGUGCCAACCACUGUCGUGACAACCACUGAAGUGCCCACUGAUGGGCCAACCACUGAUGGGCCAACCACUGUUGUGCCAACCACUGAUGUUCCAACCACUGUCGUGACAACCACUGAAGUGCCCACUGAUAUGCCAUCCACUGAAGUGCCAACCACUGAAGUGCCUACCACUGUCGUGACAACCCCUGGUGGGCCAACCACUGAUGUGCCAACCACUGAUGUGCCAACCACUGAUGUGCCAACCACUGAUGUACCAACCACUGUCGUGACAACCACUGAAGUGCCCACUGAAGUGCCAACCACUGUCGUGACAACCACUGAAGUGCCCACUGAAGUGCCUACCACUGUCGUGACAACCCCUGGUGGGCCAACCACUGAUGUGCCAACCACUGAUGUGCCAACCACUGAUGUGCCAACCACUGAUGUACCAACCACUGUCGUGACAACUACUGAAGUGCCCACUGAUAUGCCAUCCACUGAAGUGCCAACCACUGAUGUACCAACCACUGUCGUGACAACCACUGAAGUGCCCACUGAAGUGCCUACCACUGUCGUGACAACCACUGAAGUGCCCACUGAUGGGCCAACCACUGAUGUGCCAACCACUGAUGUGCCAACCACUGAUGUACCAACCACUGUCGUGACAACCAGUGAAGUGCCCACUGAUAUGCCAUCCACUGAAGUGCCAACCACUGAUGUGCCCACUGAAGUGCCAACCACUGUCGUGACAACCACUGAAGUGCCCACUGAUGGGCCAACCACUGAUGGGCCAACCACUGUUGUGCCAACCACUGAUGUUCCAACCACUGUCGUGACAACCACUGAAGUGCCCACUGAUAUGCCAUCCACUGAAGUGCCAACCACUGAAGUGCCUACCACUGUCGUGACAACCCCUGGUGGGCCAACCACUGAUGUGCCAACCACUGAUGUGCCAACCACUGAUGUGCCAACCACUGAUGUACCAACCACUGUCGUGACAACCACUGAAGUGCCCACUGAAGUGCCAACCACUGUCGUGACAACCACUGAAGUGCCCACUGAAGUGCCUACCACUGUCGUGACAACCCCUGGUGGGCCAACCACUGAUGUGCCAACCACUGAUGUGCCAACCACUGAUGUGCCAACCACUGAUGUACCAACCACUGUCGUGACAACCAGUGAAGUGCCCACUGAUAUGCCAUCCACUGAAGUGCCAACCACUGAUGUACCAACCACUGUCGUGACAACCACUGAAGUGCCCACUGAAGUGCCAACCACUGUCGUGACAACCACUGAAGUGCCCACUAAUGGGCCAACCACUGAUGGGCCAACCACUGUUGUGCCAACCACUGAUGUUCCAACCACUGUCGUGACAACCACUGAAGUGCCCACUGAUAUGCCAUCCACUGAAGUGCCAACCACUGAUAUACCAUCCACUGAUGUGCCAACCACUGAUGUACCAACCACUGUCGUGACAACCACUGAAGUGCCCACUGAGGUGCCAACCACUGUCGUGACAACCACUGAAGUGCCCACUGAAGUGCCAACCACUGUCGUGACAACCACUGAAGUGCCCACUGAUGGGCCAACCACUGAUGUGCCAACCACUGAUGUGCCAACCACUGAUGUACCAACCACUGUCGUGACAACCACUGAAGUGCCAACCACUGUCGUGACAACCACUGAAGUGCCAACCCCUGAUAUGACAACUACUGAUAUGCCGACCACUGAUGUAACUUCAACAACGUCGCCUCCAGUUCCAACCACUGUCGUGACAACCACUGAAGUGCCCACUGAAGUGCCAACCACUGUCGUGACAACCACUGAAGUGCCAACCCCUGAUAUGACAACCACUGAUAUGCUGACCACUGAUGUAACUUCAACAGCGUCGCCUCCAGUACCAACCACUGUCGUGACAACCACUGAAGUGCCCACUGAAGUGCCAACCACUGUCGUGACAACCACUGAAGUGCCAACCCCUGAUGUGACAACCACUGAUGUGCCAACCCCUGAUGUGACAACCACUGAUAUGCCGACCACUCAUGUGACUUCAACAACUUCGCCUCCAGAUGUACCAAGCACUGUCGUGACAACCACUGAAGUGCCCACUGAAGUGCCAACCACUGUCGUGACAACCACUGAUGUGCCAACCCCUGAUGGGACAACCACUGAUGUGCCAACCCCUGAUAUGACAACCACUGAUAUGCCAACCACUGAUAUAACUUCAACAGUAUCGCCUACAGAUGUGCCAACCACUGUCGUGACAACCACUGAAGUGCCUACUGAAGUGCCAACCACUGUCGUGACAACCCCUGAUGUGCCAACCACUGACACUGAUAUGCCAACCACUGAUGUAACUUCAACAAUGUCGCCUCCAGAUAUGAUACCUCCAACUGUGACAUGUCCGAUAAGCUCAGAAACAUUUGUGCCUGCUGGUUCAUCAAGUGCUCAAGUCAACUGGUUUUCACAACCCUCUGCCGUUGAUAACGUUGAUUGCUGCAUCAGUGUUUCUUGCCAAGAUUCUGUCGGUGGAGUGGUUGUUUCAGGUGGAACUUACAACGUUGGUAACAAUGAAGUUACAUGCACAGCACAGGAUUCUGCUUCUAAUGUUGGAAAUUGUACUUUCACUGUCACCGUCAAAGAGGCAGCAACCACUGAAUCAGCAACAACAGGGUCAACCACCACUGAAGCAGCAACAACAGAGGCUGCAACCCCAGGUGUGACAACCCCUGAUGUAACAACCCCUGAUGUGACAACCCCUGGUGUAACAAUUCCUGAUGUAACAACCCCUGAUUUAAUAACCCCUGGUUUGACAACCCCUGAUGUAACAACUCCUGAUGUAACAACAACCCCUGGUGUACCAAGACCUGGUCCCACAACCCAUGAUGUGACAACCACUGAUGUAACUCAAACAAUGCCUCCAGAUAUGAUACCUCCAACUGUGACAUGUCCGAUAAGCUCAGAAACAUUUGUGCCUGCUGGUUCAUCAAGUGCUCAAGUCAACUGGUUUUCACAACCCUCUGCCGUUGAUAACGUUGAUUGCUGCAUCAGUGUUUCUUGCCAAGAUUCUGUCGGUGGAGUGGUUGUUUCAGGUGGAACUUACAACGUUGGUAACAAUGAAGUUACAUGCACAGCACAGGAUUCUGCUUCUAAUGUUGGAAAUUGUACUUUCACUGUCACCGUCAAAGAGGCAGCAACCACUGAAUCAGCAACAACAGGGUCAACCACCACUGAAGCAGCAACAACAGAGGCUGCAACCCCAGGUGUGACAACCCCUGAUGUAACAACCCCUGAUGUGACAACCCCUGGUGUAACAAUUCCUGAUGUAACAACCCCUGAUUUAAUAACCCCUGGUUUGACAACCCCUGAUGUAACAACUCCUGAUGUAACAACAACCCCUGGUGUACCAAGACCUGGUCCCACAACCCAUGAUGUGACAACCACUGAUGUAACUCAAACAAUGCCUCCAGAUAACGAUGGUCCAAUUGUCACAUGCCCAAUGGAUAAAACUACUAGUGGGGUGGCUGGUGCCUUUGUUGAUUGGUCAGGUUCACCAGAUGCCACUGACGUUGAUAUUACAGUAAAUGCCGGCAGUGUCGUUUGUAGAGACGGUCUUAACAAUGUUGUAACUUCUGGUGGAUUUUUCCAAGCCGGUACAACAACAGUGACUUGUAGAGCUAACGAUACUGCCCUUAAUGAAGGGUUCUGUGUAUUUGUCAUUAUUGUCGACAACGAAGCUCCAACUGUCACAUGUCCAACUAAUAAAACUACCAAUGUGGAUUCUGGAAUGGCUGGUGCCAUUGUUACUUGGUCAAGAUCACCAUUUGCCGAAGAUGUCGUUGAUGCUACAGUUAAUGCUGACAGUGUUGUUUGUAAAGACAAUCUUGACAAUGUAACGAUUUCUGAUGGAUUUUUCCAAGUCGGUAAAACAACAGUGACUUGUAGAGCUAGCGAUAUUUCCCUAAAUGAAGGGUCCUGUGCGUUUGUCAUCACUGUUACCGAUAACGAAGGUCCAACUGUCACAUGUCCAAGUGCUGAAACUACAAACGUGGAUGCUUCAUUGGCUGGUGCCUUUGUUUCUUGGUCAGUUUCACCAGAUGCCACUGAUGUUGUUGAUGCUACAGUUAAUGCUGACAGUGUUGUUUGUAAAGACGGUCCUGACAUUGUCGUAACUUCUGGUGGAUUUUUCCAAGCCGGUCUAACAACAGUGACCUGUAGAGCUUAUGAUAAUGACGUUAAUGAAGGUUCCUGUGUAUUUGACAUCACUGUUAACGACAAUGUUGCUCCAAAUGUCACAUGCCCAAUGGAUGUAACUACCUAUUUGGCUUCUGGAAUGGCUAGUGCUCUUGUUUCUUGGUCAAGUUCACCAGAUGCCACUGACAUUGUUGAUACUACAGUUAAUGCUGACAGUGUUGUUUGUAAAGACGGUCCUGACAUUGUCGUAACUUCUGGUGGAUCUUUCCAAGUCGGUACAACAACAGUGACCUGUAGAGCUUACGAUAAUGACCUUAAUGAAGGGUCCUGUGUAUUUGUCAUCACUGUUAACGAUAUGAUACCUCCAACUGUGACAUGUCCGAUAAGCUCAGAAACAUUUGUGCCUGCUGGUUCAUCAAGUGCUCAAGUCAACUGGUUUUCACAACCCUCUGCCGUUGAUAACGUUGAUUGCUGCAUCAGUGUUUCUUGCCAAGAUUCUGUCGGUGGAGUGGUUGUUUCAGGUGGAACUUACAACGUUGGUAACAAUGAAGUUACAUGCACAGCACAGGAUUCUGCUUCUAAUGUUGGAAAUUGUACUUUCACUGUCACCGUCAAAGAUUCGAUACCUCCGACUGUGACGUGUCCAUCCAGCUCGGAAACGUUUGUGUUUCCGGGGACACCAAGUGCUCAAGUAGACUGGUCUUCACAACCCUCUGCCGUUGAUAACAUUGAUUGCUGCAUUGAUGUUUCUUGCCAAAAUUCUUUGGGUGGAGUGGUUGUUUCAGGUGGAACUUUCAAUGUUGGUGAUCAUGAGUUGACAUGCACAGCACAAGAUUCUGUCUCUAAUGAAGGAAGUUGUACUUUCACUGUCAGCGUCAAAGUUCUAAAUUUUGUGCCAUUUGGAAGUUUCUAUGGGGAUCGCUUACUGUCAAAUGCUGUUCAACAGAGACAAGAGGCUCUUACCGAUUUACGAUCAGAAAUCUUCUACCCGCCAAACUAUUUUCCAUAUGCUGAUGAUAUCUUCGAAAAAAUUUAUUUCACAGAGGAUGGUGUGAUCAUAUUUAGUAAUGAGCAAAAUCUUCAGAAACGCAGCUUCCCAACUCCUGGUCAACUGGUCUUCUCUGAUUACGAGGAUGCUAACAUCUUGGCACCUUAUUGGGCUGACGUAGACAGUGCAGUAUUCAAUAUCGACAAUAACGUCUUUUACCAGGAUCUUGAUGCCGCAGCUCCGGGUUUUAACAAAGCUGCAGAACUUAGCACCAUCAGUGCGAUGGUGUCCGAACAUCCUGAACUGUCCACUCAAUACCCAUACUUCAGCGCAACAUGGGCACUCGUUAUUACAUGGGUAAAUGUGAGACCUGCUCAAGCCAUUCCAACAGCAGUAGACACCCAAUAUGAGACCAACACAUUCCAAGUCAUAAUUGCGACGGAUUCAACUCAUGGUUUUGCUAUCAUGAACUACCAUCCAUCGCACAUGAAUUGGAACCCUGCAAUGCUCUUUGACAGCAACGUCAUCCUUGGAUACUCAUACGGACUAUUAAAUGAGCAUUUUUACGUGCAAGGUGUAUCAAAUAUUUUCAAGCCAGGACGCGACAUUGGGAACUCUCAGCUUCAAGGGCGAUGGGUGUUCCAGAUCGACAAGCUCCCUCAGAAUUACCAAAAUCCACGUUUGUUCUGUACAAACUGGGCAUCAAGGCAGUCAUUUUCCAGGUGGUGGUCAUUUUCUUAUUUCUUUACCGCCCACACCUGUCCUUGUUCUUGGACUAUGGCAUGGUUUGACUUCCGCUUCACUUAUAUCAGCUUUGAGAUAUCAUUACCAACACAAGGAAGCUCUGGCGUAUCUUUGUGUUUCGUGCGAACUUUUCAAUGGCCUUGGUUAGCUGGUCCCCGGUGCUGCUACGAUUUGUUCUGGGGCAGCAUUAUAGUUGGUGUAAGAAGUCCACUAAGUGCAUCAGUGUUUGAGACAUAUCCAGUGAGCCCUUUUUUCUUCAGAGUGAGCUUUUAUUAUCAACAAUGGUUUGAUGAGGAGUUUCUGCCACGGCAAUACUGUUGUAUACAAUCAAACCUGUGUUACAUCUAUGAGCGCUUUAGACCCCCCAUGAGCUGUUGGAGAUAUAGGCCGCCAUUUUGGUCCUGGUUCUGGGGAGACCCACAUAUCAUGACCCUCGAUAGUGUCGGCUACACGUUCAAUGGCCUUGGAGAGUUCACUAUGCUUAUUGUGGACGAUCAGCCUACAAAUGGGCAGAAAAUGUUUGAGUUGCAGAUUAGGACUAAACGGGCUCUCAAUACAGAAACACAACAACUCACUGACGCCACUUACUUAAGUGGGUUUGCUGCUGAGAUUGUUGGUGGCGAAAGGAUUGAGAUAAAAGCGAAUGCUGCUGCCGAUGGUCUUAUUACAAAAGUUAAUGGGGAAGUGAUAGUACCCACGACAGAAGGUGUCAUGAUAGGUAACCUAACUGUGACUCUCGAAGAGAACCCAAUGAAAGUGGCUGUUAGCUACAUAGAAAACAUUGGGUUUGCCGUGGGUAUAAACAACAGUUUUUGUGACAUCACGUUCCGGAUUGACGACGAAUACAAAACUCGAACUAAAGGAUUAAUGGGUUUAUGGGAUGAUGACACGACCAAUGAUGCUCUAAGGCGUGAUGGCAACCAGCAGCCGGCAACCGGGGUUGGUGGGGUCAUGACAGAAGAAGAUUAUUAUCAAUUUGGAAUCACCUGGCGUAUUACUGAAGCGGAUUCUCUUUUUUAUUAUGUCGACUCAGAAAGCUUUGCCUCCGAGAAUGAUAUCACGUUUACUCCAAAGUUUUUAGAUAAUCUGAUAGCUGAGGCAACUACGGCAGAGCUUGAUGCCGUCAUGAAACUCUGCAAAAAUGACAAGAUGUGUCAGUUUGACUAUCUAUCAACCAAGGAUCCAGCACUCGGCGAGGCUGCCAUGAUGAUAAACAGUGAGAACCAAGCCGAACUUAACAGAGCAACUAACUUUCCUCCGAACAUAACAUUGGUAGAGCGUAUCCAAGUAACUGUAGGGGAGAGAUUUACACUGCAGUUAGAAGCGAGUGACAUGGACGGCGAUAACAUUACAUUUAGUCUUGCCGAGGCGAUUGAAGGGGCCUCAAUCACACCAGAAGGUGGCCUCUUCACCUGGGUUGUUGUUGACAGAACAGCAGUUAAGCUAAUGUUUGUCGCUAGUGACGACAAGUCCAACAUGACAAUGGAGCCAGAGGUUGAGCUAUGUGACUGUAGCAAUGGUGGUACAUGCAAAUUUGGUGAAUAUGUAGAAGGCACAAAUAUCAUGAUAGAUCGUUUUGGUGUGGUGAUGUGCAGCUGUUUGCCAGGCUGGAACGGAGAUCUUUGUGAAGUUAACUACGAUGCUUGUGAGGUCAGCCCAUGUUUCCACACCGUGGCUUGUUUCGAUAUGGACCCCCCUUAUUUAAACAGGACCUGCGCAGACUGUCCAGUCGGGCUAGAGGGUGACGGCGCGAAAUGCAGGGAUAUUGAUGAGUGUAUUCUGUACGAGAAUUCUACUGCUAGUAGUGGGGGACUCGGUUGUGAUCAUAACUGCUACAAUCUGCUACAGACCUUCAACUGUAGCUGCAACUCUGGAUUCUCUUUGUACAUUGACGGCAGAAGAUGUAUCGAUGUGGAUGAAUGCAAUCUGCAGUCCGAUAACUGCUCCCCUGAUGCUGUUUGUAACAACACCGUUGGUAGUUAUGAAUGUUUCUGUAAUGAAGGCUACAACGGAGAUGGUAGAGUUUGCUCAGAUCUCAAUGAGUGUAACGCAGAGAAUAGUUGUGACAGCAAUUCUGAAUGCAUCAACACAGACGGAUCAUACAGAUGUGAAUGUCUUACAGGGUAUGAAGGCAGUGGAUUUACAUGUAAAGAUAUGGAUGAAUGCUUGAGGGGCCUUGACAAUUGUCACCAAGAAGCAUUGUGUGGCAACACCAUGGGUUCGUUUAGCUGCAGCUGUAAUGACGGAUGGACUGGUAGCGGUACCUUGUGUGAAAAUGAGAAUGAGUGUGAUCUCCUGGGGCAACCCUGUGGUUUAAGUGAUAGUACGUGUACAGAUACUGUGGGUAGCUUUACGUGUACAUGUAAUGAAGGUUUUCUCGGCGAUGGAUUCAAUUGUGUAGACAAGGAUGAGUGUACUACAGGUGAAGCAACCUGCUUUGACGUUCUAGGCGUAUGUAUUAACACACCUGGUAACUACAGCUGUAAAUGUACUAAUGGUUACAGCGGGGAUGGGCGUUCUUCUUGCGAAGAUGUUGAUGAGUGCACCAUGGGGACUGAUGAUUGCAUCUCCAAUGCAAUGUGUAUGAAUACAGUAGGUGGUUUUUAUUGUGAGUGCAAGCCAGGAUAUUACGGCAGUGGAUCAGUCUGUACAGAUGUCGAUGAGUGCAUGUUGGGGGUUCAUGACUGUCCACAAGAUUGCAAAAACAUGGAUGGAACCUACACGUGCAGUUGUAGUGAAGGAUUCAUGGAACAAGAGGAUGGAACGUGUGACCCAACCACGCCAUGCAGCGGAUCUCUCAUUUGUAUGAACAGUACAUGCUACACCGCAGCAUCUUCUCAAGAACUCUGUCGCUGUGAUGUUGGUUUUCACAACCCAGAUGGUGGCAACACUUGUUAUGAAACCAACGAGUGUGAAAGUGAUGACAAUCCUCAUUUAUGCAGUGCUAAUGCCAACUGCACUAAUACUGUGGGUAGUUACAAUUGUACCUGCUCCCUCGGCUACGCCCUCAACAGCGAUCAACGCACCUGCUCAGAUGUGAACGAAUGCCUUACGGGAGACCAUGAUUGUGAUGAGAUGAGUCAAGUUUGUGCCAAUGCUGAACCAUUUUUCACGUGUGACUGUAAGGAUGGAUACCAACGUUCAACAGAAUCUGGACCUUGUGAUGAUAUAAAUGAGUGUAUGGAGGACCCCUCACCUUUGACUUGCCACGUGCAUGCUGAUUGUAUCAAUACCAAUGGCUCCUACACUUGCCAAUGUAUGAGCGGAUACAUUGGAAAUGGAAUGAUGUGCUUUGAUAUUGAUGAGUGUCGAUUGCCAGAAACAGAUCCAUUAAUCGCCAACUGCCACUCUCAAGCUGUCUGCACCAAUUUGGCUGGUUCCUUCCAGUGCAACUGCUCGAUGGGAUUCGAAGGGAAUGGAACUACCUGCCAAGAUAUAAAAGAGUGUGAAAGCGUAGACCCUGUCUGUACCAGCAACAGCACGUGCAGUGACACUGAAGGCAGCUACCUCUGCAUGUGUAACAGUGGAUACCGUGGUGAUGGGUUCUCCUCCUGCGUGAACAUCAAUGAGUGUCAAGAGAACCCAGACUUGUGUCACUCCCUAGCAACGUGCACAGACACUGAGGGAAGCUACGAAUGUAAAUGUGAUCCCGGAUACCAGGGGUCUGGCACAGUUUGUACAAAUGAAAAUGAAUGUACAAGUGGGAAUAAUUCUUGUGCAGUUGGCAGCUCACAGUGCACAGACAACGUAGGAAGUUAUAUUUGUAUGUGUAACAGCGGUUACGUGUCCGCUGAGGGCCUCAUCCAAGGACGACAGUGUGACGAUGUGGAUGAGUGUGAAAUGAACCUGGAUUCAUGUGACACAGUUGUGUCCACUUGUAACAACACACCUGGUGCAUAUGACUGUCCAUGUCUGAGCGGUUUUGAAAUGCAAGACACUGCAUGUGUGGACACUGAUGAAUGUCAGAACUCCAGCCAGUGUUCCAGCAAAACAGACGCAGUUUGUUUUAAUUUACCAGGAUCUCAUGAGUGUCCCUGCAUGUUAAACUUCUAUGAAGAAAAUAACAUGUGUAAACCCGGUGUAUCCUACAACACUUCCGCAAUUUUUACAGUUGUCAGUAGUGUCUUGGUUCUCAAUGAGGGAUUUGAUCUUCGUCGACAUUUUGUGAGAUAUCGCGCAGAUUUGAAAAGAGACAUUGAAGCUACCUUUAAUGAAUCUGAUGUAUCAGCCUCUUUUGGAGAUGUCCUCAUCUACGAUAUUACCCCCAUCCCAGGUUCAGACAGUACUGUCUUGGUGACGUUCGCUACAAACAUGAAGGAUGCUGCGACACCGGAGGCUACAAUCGUCACUUCUUUCCUUGAUGUGCUUGAUGGGAGCAACAUGGAUCAAGUACAGCUCAACCAUAAAGUGUUAAGAAACACCUUCAUCAUUGGAGCGCCACAGUGCGAUUCAAGUCCGUGUAUGAACAGUGGCACCUGUGCAAGUGAUAAUACGGCCAGCGAUGGGUACUCAUGCAGCUGCCUAACAGGGUACACAGGACAAAACUGUGAAUUUAAGCCAUGUGCCACUGCUUCAUGUCAGAAUAGUGGGGCAUGUACUAAUGACGUAACAUCAACCACAGGCUACAUUUGUGCGUGCAUUUUGGGCUUCACAGGCACCCACUGUGAAGAAAGGGCACCAUGUGACGACCCUGCCAAUCUAUGUGGUAAUGGUGGUACUUGUAACAACAACCUGUUCGCUAACCUUCGUGGUUACACUUGCAUCUGUCCAGCUGGUUUCCUCGGUGACAACUGCGAAAUAGAAUGUACCCGAGUAUGUUCAAAUAAUGGACAGCUUGACAAUGUGUUAUGUACGUGUACAUGCGUUUCACCCUGGAAAGGUCUAACAUGUACUGACUGCUCACUGUCUUGCAUGAAUGACGGUGUGAGGAAUGAUGCUGAUUGUACUUGUGGUUGUGAAAACAUCCCCUGGAGUGGAGAAACAUGCUCAGAAUGUGACAUAACUUGUCUUGGCGGACAGAAUCUUGAUACCGUGACCUGCGAGUGCUCUGUGUGUCCAUUCACCUGUCAAAAUAAUGGAGUGCUUGACCCUGUCAAUUGUGGGUGUUCAUGUAUAGCCAACUGGAUGGGACAGGCCUGCGACGAUUGUUCAAUCAACUCCUGUUCAAAUAGUGGAACAUUCAUUGAUGCAAUGUGUCAGUGUGACUGUGAUGGAAGCUGGGCCGGAACAACUUGUACAGAGUGUUCACUCACAAGUACCUCCUGUGAAAAUAGUGGAACACUUGAUACUUCAACAUGUCAGUGUGGCUGUACGGGAAGCUGGACAGGACAACAUUGUACAGAGUGUUUAAUAAACUGUGAAAAUAGUGGAACAUUGACUGCUGCAACGUGUGAGUGUGCCUGCGAUGGAGGCUGGACUGGAACACUUUGCAAAGAUUGUGCACUUGACUGCCAAAAUGGUGGAACAUUGGAUAGUACAACGUGUCAGUGUGCUUGCGCUCAGAGCUGGAGCGGAGCAACUUGUUCAACUUGUCCUAUUACUGCUGCAAGUUGUAUGAAUGGAGCAUACUUUGAUGCAGGCAACUGCGAGUGUGUUUGUUCUCAGGCUAAUUCAGGGGAAACUUGCGCAGUCGUUAAUCCUUGCCUAGAUACAAGUCGUUGUACCAGUGUCGGACGGUAUUGUUCACCCGAUCAAAAUGGUUUUAGAUGUCCCUGCCAAGCUUAUGAUGGUUACAUUCAAGUAGGAAGCCAAUGUCUACAACGACCGUCAUUAAGAGUUGUGGUCGCAACGUUGGUUGAAUUCCUUCCUGCCUAUGCCAACCCAACUUCAGCUGGAUUCAAAAAGUUCAUCGCAAUAAUGGAAAGUGUGAUUUUAUGGAGGCUCGAUGAAAACUCGACGACAUUGAUGGCUGACUCAGUAACGGGUUUGAUGGUCCAGAAUGGCAGCGCAGUGGUGACAGCGACAAUAUUCUACCCUGUUGGAGUCGUUCCACCUGAGGCUGCUACAGUGUAUGUCCUGGCCCUGAAUGCCAACCUAAUUGAUGACAUGGGGAAUUCAGUCCCAAUCAGACAAAAUUCCGUCACUGUACAAGAUGCAUCCAUACCCUGCACAGUUGGCUACUGUCAAAAUGGCGGCACUUGUACCCGAUCUGGCAUCUUCCCAAUGUUUACCUACAUGUGCAGCUGUCUGGAUUCCUUUACUGGUGAUCAGUGUGAGACCGACGUGAUAACUACAACCCAGCCCACAACGCAGGCCCCAACCCAGACCCCUGAUGCCGAGCCCCUGUCUACAGUAGCCAUCGCACUGAUUACUGUGGGUGGUUUCGUCCUCCUCAUUCUUAUCUCAACCCUCUUCCUAUGUAUGUGUAUCCUUAUGAGACGUCGGUAUGAAGAAGGUCGACCUGGAAAAGACUACCGAGCGAGGAGUCAUUAUUAUGAUCAUCAACAAAACCGGGGUUUCGCUAGGGAUGAUAGUUACAGUGAUCAGCUUUCGUCAGAUGAGUCACAGAACUCUGAGACACAGAGGCGAAUGAACAGACUCAUGCAAGUUAUGAGGCAGUCACCGUACCUACAGAGAAACCCGAAUCAAGAAUUCAUACGACCUUAUGUAGUGACUGGAAUGGAGGCACAGUACCAUCAUGAUGCCAUGAGUGAAGAGAGAGGUACAGGCCUCGUGGCAAGGAAUCCUCUUGCCUACAGAAGAAAUUAGGCUUCCAGGAGAUUGGAGUAUAAACACCUUGUGUGAGAGGUAUGGUAACUGCAAUCUUUGAGAUUACUUUUUUAUUUAAUUUUAUUGAAGAUCUAUAAGAAAUUUAUUAAUCGUUAAUGUAAGGCAAAUUGUGAUGAAGUCACCAUACUAAUCACUUUUGCCAUUGUUUACAUCCUUUUUAGAUGUAAUGGUAAUGUUUUAUAAAGUAAGUUUUUCGGUGCCCUAUUUCAUACAGCUGCUUAGGCACAAAUUAAGCUACCAAAAUACAAUUGUACGUAUUACCAGGAAAGGUAUACCAGCUUAAAUACCAUGUCAUAUGUAUGACAUGAAACUGGUUUCCUGCAUAUUUUUGUCUUAGUGUUGUCAAGCAAAAUUGUUUGCUAAGCAGCUCUAUAAAAAUUGGCUUAGCAGUUUUAUUAGAUUUGGCCCAUGAAUGAUAUGAACUGGUUUUUAUAAAACAAAACAAAAAAGAAAUGGUAAAACCCAGCUGUCUUUAUUUAAAGCCAUUGGACCAUUUCGGUA